CUCCCAUAUGUGGAUGAGUCGCAAAUCCAUUUCAAAGAAGAGAACCUGCUGGGUGAAGGUGCAUUUGGAAGAGUGUAUAGAGGCUACUUUCAGGGUACCCCUGCUGCCAUUAAAAAGAUUCUCUAUGGCACUGCAGGACUUCCAGACCAAGAUAUCCAGCACGAGAUUCUGGUCUCACUCAGACUGAGCCACCCCAAUAUUGUUCGACUCAUGGCUGCAGCCCGCACUGACAACGCCUUCCUGCUGGCCAAUGAGUAUAUACACGGCACAACCCUGGAGGAUGCACUACACAAUGACAAUUCUUGUGUUAAGCUUGAAGGAGAUGACAGUUAUUUUGUUGCCCUCGACAUCUCGAUGGCCAUUGAGUACAUCCAUUCCAAAAAUGUCAUCCAUCAAGAUUUAAAGCCACCCAAUAUUUUGAUCGACCAGUUCUCAAAAAAGGCUGUACUGACAGACUGGGGCCUUGCCAACAUCAGAGACACGGUUGUACUACGACAAGGAAGCAGACUUACUGGAGGAGGAAUAGGGCCAAUGGGUGGAACCUUUCUUUAUAUGGCCCCAGAGUGUCUGGUUGAAUUUGAACAGGCUUCCAGAAGUUCUGACAUCUGGUCUCUGGGAGCAACAUACCUGGAGAUUUUCACGAAAUCAGUGCCAUGGACAGUGAAAAACCAAAGAGAGUUGUGCAGUCUAAUGGCCAAAAAGGUGCCACCACAUGCUUUACAACAUCUGAGCGACAAGUACCAGUUUAUUGGUACAAUGUUACACUAUGAUGUAGCAUCGAGACCUGAAGCUUCCUCUGUGGUGCUGUCCCUAAAAACAGUGGAGGGGCCAGAUUUAAAGAGCCGUUAUGGUUACGAAUGGUAAAUGUUACAGAUUAUCACAUAGACUGUGCAAGUUGUCAUUUCAGUUUGUAGUACAAAAACCAAUGUUGGUAAAAUGUUAACAUUAUAAUCACAGCCGUUCUCUCUCUCUCUGUCUAACACUGCUGGUAUGUUUCAUUAUUUGUUUCAAUGUAUGUUCACAUCAUUAAACAUGUUUUGCAUCUUCA